AUGAGAACUUCACAAAAUGAGAAUGCCACGUGGAGUCAAACCAAUAUAGACAUCUUUGUUAACAUUAUGUUGAGUGAAGUUAGAAAGGGCAACCGAACAACAAGUACAUUUAACAAGGCAGGGUGGAGAAACAUAAUGGAAGAGUUUACCAAAGAAACUGGUGUCAAAUAUUCUUAUCAGCAAAUAUGGAACAACAUGAACAAACUGAGGCAGGACUAUAGUAAUUUUAAAAAGUUACUUGACACAACCGGCUUUGGUUGGAAUAGUCUGACAAGAACUGCUACUAUUGACGAUGACUUGAUAUGGGAUAGGCAUAUACAUCCAGAGUUGUGCAUGAUUUUUGGAGAUACAUACGCAAGUGGUGAUGGAGGGAUGAAUAAGCGAACUGCAUUUGAUCAUAUUGAGGCAACUGAGACGAAGGGGGAUGCCUAUGAGUCUAUUGAUGAGUCUAACUCAGCUGAUGGGAUGGAUGUGAUACCCAUCAGCCAACCUGAACCUACUCACACACCGGCUCGAAGCCAGCCUCAAAACCACAGGCAUGAUAGGACUCCCAAUACAAAGAGAAGGAAGAGCAGAUCGAGUGAUUGGGCAAUGGCCAUCAAGGCCAUUUAG